AUGGUCUCGAACAUCGUGACGGUGCUCGAAGAAGACAAGACGUUUUCUGUUCCUCUAGGUGCGCAACAGACUGCUUCCUGCAAUGCUCACUCUCUGCAGGGCUUCGUGCAUUCGGCGUCGCUGGCGAAGCGGUUCGAUGGGGCGGUAGAGUUGUGCACUCGCCGGAACAAGUUGAUCCGGAUACUUCAGCACCUGCAGGGCCGUCUGCUCCGUGAGUUGGACUUGCCUGUGGCCCAGACCAUGCCGGGAUCCAUGAAGAUAAGUAGGAACAUCCGGAAGAGCGACAUCGCACCACAAUGA